UUUGGAGGCUAUAAAAAGUCAGGAUAAAAAAUCAGCAGCUUAAGAACAUCCUGUUUCCUGCAAAAGGUGUGAGUCUAGUUUCACAGCUGCAGAAGACACAUUCAGAUACUUCAGUGGCUUUCAUGAUGGCAUCCAAUAUCACCACCGCCAUCUCCUCCACUGCAUUCUCUCUGCCCAUCAGCGCCUCAGCUCUGGGUGGCAUUGUAAUCUUGACCCUGGCGUUUGUGCUGGGCUUCCCUGGGAACCUGUUUGUGGUUUGGUCGGUGUUCUGCAGAGUGAGGAAGCGAUCAGUGACUUGUUUGUUGGUGCUGAAUCUGUCCCUGGCAGAUGCUUUCGUGCUGCUCAGCGCCCCUUUGUUCUUACGUUACUUGGCUGGGGGCAAAGGCUGGGAGUUUGGUUCAGCAGCGUGCAAACUGGUGCAUUACCUGUCGAGUGUGAACAUGUACGUGUCCAUCUACCUCAUCUGCCUGAUGAGCUUGGACCGCUGCAUGGCCGUCACAAAGCCUUUUCUUUCUCAGAGAAUGCGAACCAAACGCUCCCUGCUGGUCCUCCUGCUAGUGGUCUGGGUGAUGGCGUUCAUCUUGUCACUGCCGAUGCCCUUCUACCGCAGUAAUCUGAAGAAGACAUUUCACAAUAAUAUUACUCUGAGCUUCUGCAUACCGUACCACUGGCGCAGCGUGAACCACAAGGUCUUCCAAUACGUGUUUGAGACCAUCAUGGGUUGCCUGGUGCCCUUCACCCUCAUCAACGUCUGUUACAUCUCCGUCAUCUGCCGUCUGAAAAGCGCCAAGUUCCAACGCAAGAAUAAAGGCAGCCGCUUGAUCCUGCUGAUCAUCUGUGCCUUCGCCGUAUUCUGGCUGCCCUAUCACAUUGUCAACAUCAUAGAGGUGGUUGGCCUGUUGACUGGCAGUGUUUCAGUGCUCAAUGCUGCGCGUACAGCCCGUCCCAAUGUCACAGCGUUCGCCUAUUUCAGCAGCGCCGUCAACCCCAUCCUCUACGUGUUCGCCGGCAGUUCCCACAUUCGUCAAGCUGGCUUAAGCUUCAUGGCCAAACUGUUUGAGGCCACCAACUCAGAGAGCAGGAGCACGUCCUUCACCCGCAGCAGCCGUGCAAACUCUUCACCAGAUGAGACAUCUGUUCUGCACACAAUGUCCGUCAAACUGGGGAAGGCUUUGAAAGGCAAAGACAAGGAGAGGAGCAGCAGCACAGCAGAGAAAUAUCUGGGCGAGUCUGUAUUCAAGACUCUAGAAAGUGCUGAGCAGAUCGAAUAGCUCCAACUCAAACCAUUUUACCUGGACUACACUUUACGAUAAAUUAUUUAAACUGUGUUAACUCAUAACAAUCAUGUUAUUUUGAGCUUUAACUUCAGUGAGCAUUAUUGCAUUAGUCAUUAGAGGGAAAAAUAUACCUGUUCAGUCAUAAAAUCACCAUAAUGUGAAUAAAACCUUUAUCUUGUUGCUAGUUGAAGAACCAAUUUCAGGAAAUGUCACUGGACACAAGUAUAUCAGUUCUAGUAAG